AUGUUGUUGUCUUCAAUCCGCUCCCUCUGCUACAGAGGCCCCUCAAUCGCCUCCAGGGCCUUCAGUUCAUCUCCCCUCGCUCGAACUGCCGAGGUCAAGUCGUUAGGUGUGAUAGGAGCUGGUCAAAUGGGACUGGGCAUCGCGCUGGUUGCCGCCCAAAAAGCCCAAGUUCCAGUAACAUUAAUCGACACAUCCCAAGCAUCCUUAGAUAAGGGCCUCAAGUUUGCCGACAAACUCCUCGCCAAAGAUGUCGCCAAGGAGCGGCUCACCCAGGAAGCGGCGGACGCGGCGCGCGGGCGCAUCACGCCGAGCCAGAAGAUGGAGGACCUGAGCGGAGUGGACUUUGUGAUCGAAGCGGUGCCGGAGAUCGAGGAGCUGAAGCGGAGAGUUUUCGGGCAGCUGGCGCAAAUCGCGCCCCGGCACGCCAUCCUGGCCACCAACACCUCGUCCAUCUCCAUCACCAAGAUCGCCGCAGCGACGACGGCGGACCCGACGGACCUGCAGGCGCCGGCGCGGGUCGUCUCGACGCACUUCAUGAACCCGGUGCCCGUGCAGAAGGGCGUCGAGAUCAUCGCGGGCCUCCAGACGGCCCCCGAGACGGUCGCGGCCGCCGUCGCCUUCGUCCGCCGCAUGGGCAAGAUCCCCGCCGUCUCGGCGGACUCCCCCGGGUUCCUGGCGAACCGCAUCCUCAUGCCCUACAUCAACGAGGCGAUCAUCUGUCUGGAGACCGGCGUCGGGGCCAAGGAGGAUAUCGACAGUAUCAUGAAAAACGGUACCAAUGUGCCUAUGGGCCCCCUGACGCUGGCAGAUUUCAUCGGGCUGGAUACCUGCUUGGCUAUCAUGAAUGUCUUGCAUCAGGAGACCGGGGAUAGCAAGUACCGACCGUCGGGGCUGUUGAAGCGCAUGGUCAAUGCCGGUUGGUUGGGCAAGAAGUCCGGCAAGGGCUUCUAUGACUACUGA